AUGUGGCAGAAGAAGGACAUGACAUUCGACGAAGAAUUUCGGCAGAAACUCGAGAAAAACGAGGACGGUUGGCGUCUUAUCCGAUUGGAUGCCGACGUCAGUUAUGCCGGAAGAAAGCAAACGCUACAAAAGGUGGGCUUUACGGUGCUGUUCAACUUAGAGUGCUUGAUCAAUGUUUUAUGCUAUGGAUUCCGAAAUUUCUUCCGACGUGGGAUCUUCAAAUUCGAGUUGAUUCUGUGUAUAGGCAGUUCGCUGAAUGCGAUCAAAUAUUUCUACGAUCGGAACUAUUUCACCUAUUUCCAAGCAUUCCGCCUCUUACGGCUCAUCAAAGCGUCUCCGAUCCUUGAAGACUUCGUGUGGAAGAUAUUCAGUCCUGGGAAGAAACUCGGCGGUUUGGUGAUUUUCACGAUAACCUUUGUAAUUAUUGCAUCAGCCAUAUCACUUCAAUUAUUCUACGCAGUGCCAAAACUUCACCACUUUCACACUUUCCCUCAGGCGUUUGUAUCGAUGUUCCAAAUCAUCACUCAGGAAGGCUGGACAGAUUUCGUGGUGGAAGUACUGCGAGCUACCGAUGACAAGCUUGUUCCCUUUGUCGCCAUCUAUUUCGUCGCUUACCAUCUGUUCGUCACCCUAAUUGUGCUCAGCCUCUUUUGUCGCUGUGAUUCUCGACAACCUCGAAAUGGACGAAGAGUUGAAAAAAGUCAAGCAACUUGA